AUUCGAGGAGUAGGUAAUUUAAUUUGGCUGUAUUUCUGAAAACGGAGUGUUUAUGUCAAAUAUUUUAUGCUUUUUGAAAAUAGUAUUUAUUCCUUGACUUGUAAGCACUAAAACUAUAUAAUGUGAAAAUAAAAUUUGCAACCGUGACCGAGAGUGAAGUACCUAGGUUAGGUACCUAUAUCUAUCAAUGCUUUUACAGGCUGUCUCUAAACAAGUGUGUUUUUCUAUUGUAUGUAAUAAAGGAAUUCUAAUUAAAACAUGGAUAAGAAAGCAAUAUUUAAGCUGUGCAAAGAUCAGGGAUGUUGCGACGGCUGCGCCGUUCGUUUCUUAGGCGUGAAACAUCCUAACGCAUACGAAGAUCUCAAGAAACAUAUAACUCAGUAUCAAGAAUCAUCGACAAACAAUGGAACUGCCACAGACUCAACAGAAACUAAUUCAGGUCUAAAUACUGAAGACGAAAAGAAAACGGACAAAAAAGAGAAUGGACAUAGUAAAGAAAAUGGUGACGACUCUCCAGUGCGAAAGAGAAGGAAGACAGAGGCUUGUGUUUGCUGUCUCGGAGUGCUGGAGGAGGAGACGUGGCCAGAGUGCAAUCUGAUGCUCAAAGAGGUGUUAGAGAAAAAGGGUUACGACUGCCAAUCGUUUGCAUGCGCCCUUUCUGCACCAAUAUCAACGCUGCUGAGAGAGAAAGUGCUCGUGCUGAAGAUACGGGAGGCUUUCCCUGACUAUGAUCCUGCGUGCGUGACGCCGCUGAAGGAGGCGUGGAAGUGGUCGUUCGGCGCGCAGCUGGAGCGCCCGCGCUGCGCCGCCGCGACCUCGCUGCUCGUCACCGUCACGCUCGAGUACCCCAGCGAGAUGCCGGAACUGGAGCUCCUAAAGACAAUAUCGCCGGAGCUAUUCGAAUCGCGAAGCAAACAGAAGCGUCGCUUCGCCGUGGAGUUCACGCGUCGCUCCGCGGAGCAGGCGCUGGAAGGGCCGGUGGAGAGGAUAAUGAAGGCGGGGGAGUCGCUGCGGGAGGCGGGGAGGGUGCGGUGUGUCAGUGUCGCGUGUGUGAGGGAUCCUAUCUAUGUCGGGGGCAGAUACGUGAAGCUAUCCCGGGAACUGUCGCAGACGCCGUGGCUGGUCGACGGCAACAGAAUGAUGGAGUCCUCCGUGCAAGAGGUUAUAUUUGACCCGCUGGCUAAAAUGCUUGAUAUAGCGGCGGAGGAAGCGGAGCAUCGUCUCAAGUUCAUGUCGGCGGGCCGCGAGGACGUGGACGCGCGGUGUCUGGGCGACGGCAGGCCCUUCGCUGUUGAGGUGGCGGACCCCCGACGGAUGCCGACAUCAGAAGACUACGCGAAAGUCUGCAAUGUGAUAUGUAAAAGUGGAACCGUCAUUGUCAAGAAAUUGUGUACAGUCUCCAAGGAAGAGUUAACGAUACUGAAACAAGGCGAGGAGAGUAAGCACAAAACGUACGAAGCUCUUUGUAUAAAGCUGUCACACUCCGCGCAUGAAACAGAGAAAACCCCCUCAGACCCCGUCACAGUCACACCACAAGACAUAGCCAACAUAAACUCGUAUCGCAACACGCCGCCGUCGAACCCCGCGGCGGUGAUCAUCUGUCAGCGCACACCCAUCAGAGUUUUGCACCGCCGGCCGCUGCUUGCCCGCCAGAGGGAAAUAUUGUCGCUAAAAGCUGAAACUGUACCAGACCACCCCCAACUCUUCACACUCCACAUUCAAACAUCAGCGGGCACGUACGUCAAGGAGUGGGUGCAUGGAGAACUUGGGCGCUGCAAGCCUUCGCUAAGAGACGCGAUACAAGCCUCUGUCGAUAUACUGGCGUUGGAUGUCGCCAAAGUACAUUUAAACUGGCCGAGCCAAGCAGACUGUUGAUAUUGUAGCUUAUAAGAAUAAAUGUACCUAUUUUUAAA